AGUUCUGGUCUUUUUUUUUUUUUUUUUGGUUGUUUUUUUGUUUGUUUUUGGUUUGUUUGUUUUUCGAGACAGGGUUUCUCUGUGGUUUUGGAGCCUGUCCUGGGAACUAGCUCUUGUAGACCAGGCUGGUCUCGAACUCACAGAGAUCUGCCUGCCUCUGCCUCCCAAGUGUUGGGAUUAAAGGCGUGCGCCACCACCGCCCGGCUCAGUUCUGGUCUUUUGUAGUCUUCAGGUAUCAUUUUUGAUUUUGUUUGUUUGUGUGUUUGUUUGUUUGUUUUGAUGUGGGUUUCACAGGUACCAGGCUGGCCUUGUACUCCCUGGCUCUGAACCUGAAUUCCUCAUCCUCUUAUCUCUACUUCAUGAGUGGUGGCAUCACAGACAUAGACUACACCUCGUUUCUGCCAUGCUGGAGAUGCAGCCAAGGGCUUCAUGCAUUCUAGGCAAGCACUCAACCAGCUGUGCUAUACUGCUAGCCCAUCAUUUUUACUUUAUUUCCUGCAGAUGGGUGUUUUUUCUGCAUGCAUAUUUGUACACCAUAUACAUGCCUGGUACCUGCUAAGGCCAGAAGAGGGUAUCAGAUACCCUAGGACUGGAAUUGGGGGUGAUUAUGCAUGGCUAAGUGGCUGCUGGGAACUGAACCUGGAUCCUCUGGAGGAGCAGUCAAUGGACUUUACCAUUUAGCCAUCGCUCCUGCUCCAGUAUUUUACUUCUCUGUUCCCUAAAAGACAACGAGGCUUGCCAGCAGGCACAGUGACCACCCCUUGGCAGCAGGCCUUUGCUGUGCUCCCUGCGAUGGAGAGGAAGGACUUCAUUGGGACUGUUUAGAGUUACUGCUCUUCUCACUUCUGUAAGGUUUGAGAUCUUUGCACACCUGUCCCCACCCCCUUCACGAACUCCUCACUGUGCGGUGUGUGAGGACAGUAGCUUCCCUCACUACCUUGGAGAUGGAGUUUUCCUUACUUCCCCUCCAAACACGCCUGUGGAACAUUCUGGUGCUGGACGGAGAACUCCCUUCUCAUGAAGUGCUCUCUAUCUUUGCUGCAUGCUGAGGCAGGUCUCUUUUCCUCUGCAUUUCACGAAUGCAAUGACAACGUGUUGCAGCACCACACUUUUCCAGAGCUGUGUCCUUCUUAUCAGGGCCCAGCUUCUUCUUUUUUCUUUUCCAUUCCCAACAUGCCUGUGUUUCUCCUCACAUACACUUUCUGCCCCACUUUUCCUUUCUCCUCCUCCAUGGUAUGAAGGGGCUUGUCUUCUCUCUUCUGCUUCUCUUCUGCUCUGGUACCGAGUUGUCUUUUAUCGGCCCUCAGUGUGACUAUAAAGCAUCUCUUAGACAUGAGAUGCUAUGGUCUUAAAGAUGCAUGUGCUAAAUCUGUGGUCUGAAGCCUGCUCUGCCCCUGGGAGAUGGUAGAGCCUUGCAGGCAACUUCACAGUCAGUUUGCAAGUGUGGGGCACACCCUUAAGCAAGAUCCUGAAACCUCCACCUUCCUCUUUCUCUGACUUCCUUCCCUAAUGCUUGUUCCUCCAAACACUGCUUUCGAUGAAGGGUGGUCUCCUGUCGGGCCCAAACACAGUGGGCAUAAGGGACCAUCAGCUCAAAACUAGGCUAUAAAUUAAAGCAUCCUUUAGUUUUAAUUGCUUACCUCAGAUAUUUUGUUGCAGGAGAUGUAACUGACUAAGAGCAAACAAAUUUGAGGGUUGAGGAUUCCCUGCCACUACUGUGUCAGUGUGUUUCAGAGGCCUUGGGAUUUGCCUCAUGAGUUUCGGGGAGUUUGGAGAUGCUUUCUAGACAAUGCUAAGAGAUCGCCACGCAGAUCUUAACAUGUGACCAUUGUGGUCUUAGAAGAGCCAAAUACAAAUGGAAAUGUGGGCAGUGAUAUGCUCCUGGGGCUUCAGAUAGGAAGGAAGGAUCUGCUGGGGAUUAGACUAGCCACCCAGGUCACGCCAUGUCAGAUGAUCUCCCGAGGCUGUGUGUUAGGGUGAGUUUGGAGCUGACUGGAUUACUCACUAGAUGGAGGAGAUUGCAAGACAACACAGACUUCAGGAAGUGACAUAGAUGUCAUGAGUGAUUGCAGCCAGACAGUGGACCUGAGCUCAGUGAGAAACAAUACUGCAAGGUGUGGAAAACUUGUAAUUUGGCCAUGACAGGCGCAUAUAUGAAGUUUUAUGAAUAAGAGGUACAGUUCUGGGGGGUCUCAUAAAAAUUCACUGGAACAAUAAAAAAGACACCUUGGGGACAUCCCUGGAAAGAGCUAGAUCACCAUCUCUUUAAUCUCAACGUUGUAAGGAUGAAAAAUUGCCUCUAAUAUUUUCUAGGGCAGAAUCUUUUGAUAAUAAAGGAUGUCUCGGGAAGUCUUUCUGUCUUUGUGUUUCUCUGGAACCUUCUUAGAUUACCUCAUGAUUUUUUAAACUGCUAACAACGGAAGCUCAGUCUCUCUGUGGGUCUAAUGGGCACCAGUGGCAGACCUUAGUGUCUUGAGGUGAUUCUGGUCUUUCAAAUAAAAAUGUAAGAAUGUGGGCUAGCAAGACUGCUGAGUGGGUGGCGUGGGGUGACUGCCACCAGGCCUAAUGAUCUGAGUUCCAUACCCAGAAACCCUAUGGUAAAAGGAAAGAACGGGUUCUCUUAGGUUGUCCUCUGAGGUCCACAGGCGCACACACACACACAGAGAAAGAGAGAGAGGGAGAGAGAGAGACAGACAGAGAGAGAGAGAGAGAGAGAGAGAGAGAGAGAGAGAGAGAGAGAGAGAUUUAAAAAUAAAAGCAGAGGCACAGGCAUAAAGAUUUUGACUCAGAUUUCCAAAGAAGUCCUGGGAGGUUGGGCAGUGUGUGGAAGGGGAGGACCAGUGUAAGCAGAGCCUGGCAGACUUCCUCUUAGAUCUGCUGGAAGGAAGCUUGGCUGCAUUGGGCACCUGUUGGACUCUAGCGUCCAAACACCGAGAAGGAGUCGCCCCCAGAGACUGUCUCAUACACCGCAGCCGAUGCAAAAGCAUGAGGAUUUUAUUAAUUCUGUCAUGACAGGGCCCCCCAGCAUUCGGGAAACCGAGGGACCUCAAAUAGCAGGUCUGGAACUUUCUUUGCGUGUCUGUCUUGUCUUCCUCCCCCAGUAGCCAGGUGUCUUUUUCUCUGUUUGUCAUUGUGGUCAUAUAUCUGUCUCUCUGCUCUAUGUGUCCUUCUCAAGUCUGCUGCGGCUGGUGUGACAUUUGACGGUUGCUAGGCUCGGACUCCUCAGUCUUGCCAGAGGAAGGGAAAGUCAAUGACGUGGACAAGAGACUUUUUUGUGGAGAUUCUCUGUUUUUCACAAGAAGAAGAAACAGCCUACAACGCCUGAGCUAAACCUGACAAUCAGCCCACAUUAAGCUUACCAGGACAGGGGACCAUGGACAUCGCAGCAUAUUUUGAAAGGAUUGAUUUUAAGAACUCAGCGAAUAAACUGGACUUGGACACACUAACUGAAGUUCUUCAGCACCAGAUACGAACAGUUCCUUUUGAGAAUCUUAACAUGCAUUGUGGAGAAGCCAUGAAUUUGGACUUAGAGACCACAUUUGACCAAAUAGUGAGGAAGAAGCGGGGCGGGUGGUGUCUCCAGGUUAAUCAUCUUUUGUACUGGGCUCUGACCGAAAUGGGCUUUGAAACCACAAUGUUGGGGGGAUAUGUUUACAUAGUUCCAGUCAAUAAAUACAGCAGAGAAAUGAUUCACCUCCUAGUCCAGGUGACCAUCAGUGACAGGAGCUACAUUGUCGAUGCGGCCUUUGGAGGCUCCUGCCAGAUGUGGGAACCUCUGGAAUUAGCAUCAGGGAAGGAUCAGCCUCAGGUGCCUGCCAUCUUCCGUUUGACGGAAGAGAAUGGAACCUGGUACAUGGACCAAAUCAGAAGAGAGCAGUAUGUCCCAAACCAAGAAUUUGUUAACUCCGACCUCCUUGAGAAGAGCGAAUAUCGGAAAGUCUACUCGUUCACUCUGAAGCCGCGCACUAUUGAGGACUUUGAAUAUGUAAAUACCUACCUCCAGACAUCAUCAACAUCUGUAUUUGUACACACUUCAUUUUGUUCUUUGCAGACCCCAGAAGGUGUUUGUUGUUUAAUAGGCUCUACCUUUGCAAGAAGGAAAUUCAGCUAUAAGGACAAUGUAGAUCUGGUGGAGUUUAAGAAUGUAAAUGAGGGAGAAAUAGAAGACGUACUGAAAGCUGAAUUUGGUGUUUCUUUGGAGAGAAAGCUUGUACCCAAAAAUGGUGACCUGUCUUUUACUAUUUAGGGUGAGGAGUAAAAUUGGUUUUCAUUAUUAUUUCAUGUUCUUCAACAUUUGAAACGUAUGCAGAUGUAUCUAAAACAGUCCUUAUAGGAUCGUCACUGAACUUGAUAUUGAUCAACUAAUGAUUUGUAUCUUUUAUUUCCUACAUUUUAUGAAAAGAAAUCCUAGUGGUCCUGUCAUUUUACCAUGAAAAAUAUAAUCAGUUAUAAUUAAAUAAAAUUUUAAUGAAUAUAAUCACAA